CACCGGCAACAUGAUUCCCUUCCUUGCAGAAACGUCUGACGUUGUUUUGGCGCCGAACGUUUCAAUCGCAUUUCUGCGCGGGUAAUGAAUGUCCUUUUGUUGUUAGCUAAACACGAAGUUUAAUUGUAGUGUAUAACCAGUAAUUUACUACAUCAGAAAACUACAAGACAGCAUGCAGCGAAGUAUAUCAUCUUUCUUUCAGCCCAAAACGGGCAAAGAGAAGGAGAGCAAAAAAAGUGAUGGACCGGGGAAAGACGAGCCGGUGAAAGACAAGCCAGAACCAAUCAAAAGGCCUCUCAAAGUUCAGAAUGGGGUCCAUGAAGAGCCUGAUUCGCCAGUGAAGAAGUUCACUAAACGCAGUCGUCAGAUCUUGGACAGUGAUGAUGAGGCUCCAGCCGGAAUAGAACAGGAGCCAGAGGACAAGGCUGUGCAACCCAAGGAUGAAGUAUUCAAGGCUGUUACCAACCCCCUGUCCCCCGCCUCUCCAGUGACGUCAUCCGCCUCCCCCACCCCUGGAACCCCUGACACCCCCACUUCCAUCUCACCCUCCGGAAUCCCCAAACGCCGCACCGCAAGGAAGCAGUUCCCCAAGAGAAAGCUGGACAGCAGGAGUGGCAGUGAAAAGGAGGAGGAAGAACAAGGACAGCAGAAUAAAAGGGCAAAGGUUGAGGAGACGCAGGACAGCACCGAGAAUGAAGAGGAAGCGAUGGACGUGGGAGGAGAGAACAGUGUGGAUAAGCCUGAGGUGGCGCAGAACAACCCGGAGGAGAAAGAGACAGAUGAAGAGAAGACCAAAGAUAAAGAGAAGGAGAAAGCACUUGAUGUGAAAGUGACCGCGACCGAGGAGGAAAAAGGAAAAAGUGAAAAGGCUAAAGAGAGAAGUCCUAAAGAGAGAAGUCCUAAGGGUCAAAAGGUUAAAGAGACAAGUCCUAAGGGUCAAAAGGUUAAAGAGACAAGUCCUAAGGGUCAAAAGGUUAAAGAGAGAAGUCCUAAAGAGAGAAGUCAAAAGGUUAAAGAGACAAGUCCUAAGGGUCAAAAGGUUAAAGAGAGAAGUCCUAAAGAGAGAAGUUCGAAGGGUCAAAAGGUUAAAGAGAGAAGUCCUAAGGGUCACAAGUCGGUAAAGGAUGAGAAAGACAUGAAAGAAGAGAAAGUGUCAGAAAGCCCCCAAGCCAAAAAAGCCCCCACCAUCAGCAGUUUCUUUGCUCCCAGGAAGGCUGCUGUAAAGAUGGAGAAACCAGAGAAGAGCGAGCGAGACGGAAAGGAGAAGAGCGAGGGAAAGGAGAAGAGCAAGGGAAAGGAGAAGAGGGAAGAGCGAGGAGUAUAGAAGACUGCCCAGGCCCAGUAUGACCCGUCCAGACCCAACUACCACCCUGUAGACCACGCCUGCUGGAGCCGGGGUCAGAGGGUCCCGUAUUUGGCUGUUGCACGCACCUUUGAAAAGAUUGAGGAAGAUUCUGGCAGAUUGAGGAACAUUGAAACAUUAUCAAAUCUCCUACGCUCUGUUAUCAUCCUCUCUCCAGAGGACCUGCUGUGCUGCGUCUACCUGUGUCUCAAUCAGCUGGGUCCUGCUUACAUGGGGCUGGAGCUGGGAGUGGGAGAAACUGUUCUGAUGAAGGCUGUUGCCCAAGCUACUGGGCGACAGUUGGACAAAAUCAAGGCGGAGGCUGCAGAGAAGGGGGACUUGGGGUUGGUGGCUGAGAGUUCCCGUAACAACCAGAGAAUUAUGUUCCAGCCAGCCAAUCUGAUUGCAGGGGGUGUGUUCAGCAAACUGAAAGACAUCGGGAACAUGAGUGGGAAUUCUGCCAUGAAUAAGAAGAUUGACAUCAUCAAAGGUCUCUUUGUAGCCUGUCGUUUCUCUGAAGCCAGAUACAUUGUCAGGUCGCUGGCAGGGAAGCUGAGGAUUGGCUUGGCUGAACAGAGUGUACUGUCUGCCCUGAGUCAGGCCGUGUGUCUGUCUCCUCCAGGACAAGACUUCCCUCCGGCGGUGAUUGACGCAGGGAAAGGAAUGAGUGCAGAAAAACAGAAAGCUUGGAUAGAAGAGAAGAGCCUUCUCCUCAAACAGACUUACUGUGAGAUGCCGAACUAUGAUGUCAUCAUCCCAGUCAUUCUGAAGGAGGGGAUUGAUGAACUCCCCAACCACUGCAAACUCACUCCAGGUGUACCGUUGAGGCCCAUGCUGGCUCACCCCACCAAAGGUGUAGGAGAGGUGAUGAAGAGAUUUGAUGAAGCCGCCUUCACCUGCGAGUACAAGUAUGAUGGAGAACGAGCACAGAUCCAUAUCUUGGAGAACGGGGAAGUGCGUAUUUUCAGUCGCAACCAGGAGGAUAAUACCACCAAAUAUCCUGACAUCAUCUCUCGCAUUCAUACGGUAAAGAAUGAGUCUGUCAUAUCCUGUGUGUUGGACACUGAGGCAGUAGCUUGGGACAGAGAGAAGAAACAGAUCCAACCAUUCCAGGUUCUCAUCACACGGAAGAGAAAGGACGUGGCUGCUGCUGAUAUCAAGGUCCAAGUGUGUGUGUACGCCUUCGACCUGCUGUAUCUCAAUGGAGAGUCUCUAGUGAAGCAGCCCUUGUCAUGUCGCAGGGCUCUGUUGAAGAAGAGCUUCCAGGAGAAGGAGGGAGAGUUUGUGUUCGCCCGCGCCAUCGACUCAGACAACACAGACGCCAUAGCUGAGUUCCUGGAGCAAUCCGUUCGAGACUCCUGUGAGGGACUCAUGGUGAAGACUCUGGAGAAAGAUGCCACGUAUGAAAUCGCCAAGCGCUCUCACAACUGGCUCAAGCUGAAGAAGGAUUAUCUGGAUGGCGUGGGGGACACGAUGGAUCUGUGUGUGAUCGGAGCGUAUCUGGGGAAGGGCAAGAGAGCAGGGACCUACGGAGGCUUUCUGCUCGCCUGCUACGAUGAGGACAAUGAAGAGUUCCAGUCCGUCUGCAAGAUUGGGACAGGUUUCAAGGAUGAAGAUUUGGAGCAACAUUACAAAUUCCUAAAGGAGCAUAUUUUGCCAAAGCCCCGCCCCUAUUACCGUGUGGACCAAUCAACUGAGCCCGACUUGUGGCUCGAUGCCGUGCAAGUGUGGGAAGUGAAGUGCGCCGACCUAUCGCUGUCGCCGAUCUACAAGGCUGGCAUGGGAUUGUGUGACCCAGAGAAGGGCAUCUCUCUUCGGUUCCCACGCUUCCUGAGGAUCAGAGAUGAUAAGAAGCCGGAGGAGGCCACUUCAGGAGGACAGAUUGCGGAUUUAUACAGGAAGCAGCAGGUUGUUCAGAAUCAGGGUGACAAAGCUGACCUCGAGGACUACUACUGACCUCUGACCUGAUCAGCUGCCCAUCCAGUCGCCAAUAACUCGGGUGAAAUCUCAAUUUGUACAUAAUUAUUGUUAUUGUUGUUUUUUUAAAUGAUGAACCUGAAUAAGGCUCUGCCAAUGCAAAAAUGAAAGUGAAGACCCUGUGAACAGCUGUGUUUCUAGAUAUAUGCUUUGCCAAUGUUAUGACGUUAAACAGUUUGUUGUUGUACCUAAGGCUUAUUUUGUGGGGGGAUCGUAUUCACACCAGUAUAAAGUACAGUUGUCAAUGACUCAAAUAAAUCACCAUGAUGUAUGUGAAUAAAGACUUUUGCCAAUCUUA